AGAAUCAGAUAGGCGUAGAAAAGAGAAAUGAAUUUUGAAUGCUCUGAGGUUGGUCUCUGGAAAGAGGCUCUCUCUUCCUACUCAUCUCGCAUAGAAUCCCUAAACAAACCCAAUUUACAUUCCCUGGACGACUUUUACCGCAACCAACUACCUCCGGUCCUCCACCAGCGAAACCCUAACCCCUACAUCACCACCGCCGAGCUCUCCAAGCUCAUGCAAUGGAAGCUCACGCGUGGCAAAUGGAGGCCGCGUUUGUUGGACUUCGUUUCGUCCUUGGACGAGGCCGCAGUGAAUUCGGCAUCCUCAAAAGCGUUUAAAUCUCUUCCUGAUGUCUCCAAGGCCGUCUCCGAGCUUACGGUGCUCAAAGGCGUCGGUCCCGCCACCGCAUCCGCCGUUCUGGCCGCUUAUGCGCCGGAUUUGGCACCGUUCAUGUCCGAUGAGGCUAUGGAGGCGGCUCUGGGUAACUCAAAAGAUUAUUCGCUAAAGCAGUACUUGUUAUUAGCGGAUAAGCUCCAGACUAAGGCAAAGGAAUUAAGUUCAGAAUGUGAUUCCUUCUCACCAUCAGAUGUAGAAAGGGCUCUGUGGAGUUCUGCAAUAGGGGCCAAGUUGCUAGCUUCACAUUCUGAUCCAGAUUCCAAGAGAAAGAGAAAACGUUGAUUUGAUGAGAAAGUUGACAGCAAUGCUUGUAAGUUUUAACCAUGUUAGUUGUAAGUUAUAUAUGUCCUUACAGCUUGCCAAGGCUCUUGCUCCUGACAGGAGUGAUUUAUCAACUCCUUAAUGCUAACCUUUUUUCUUUCUAUUAUUGUGGUUUCUGCCACAACAUUUUCUGCAAAGUACAAUUAAAUGACCUAUUUUUGCU